AUGAGGAACAACGUGCUCCAAGUGCUAUUGAAGUCGACCGUGAUGCCGUUUCGAUGGCUUAAGAGCUCUUACAGAUGUUUCUAUUGCUAUGAUAUUUUCCAAGAGUCUUCUGAACUGAAGGAUCAUCAACAGAUACAUAUUGGGGACAACCUUAAAGAGCAAGCGAUGAAUAACUACUGGGAACAGGUUGUUUACGUUGACAUUUCAAAUAUGGCAUGUAAAAUGUGUCCAGAGAAAAUAAAUGAUUUAUACGACCUAAUCGACCAUCUAGUAGAGAAGCAUGGUGUUGUGUACAACAAGGACAUUGGUGUGUGUAUGGUGGCGUUCAAGUUGGACAACUUCGCAGUGAACUGCCUCGCGUGUGGUGCUAGCUUCUACACAUUUGGACCACUUUUGCAUCACACCAACAAGGACCAUAAGGGCAUAUCGGCGAUCCUCUGCGAGGUGUGCGGGCAAAACUUCAAAGAUGCAAACCUCUUGAGGUUGCACGUUAAAUCGGUUCACGAAAACACCGGGGUCCUGUGUCCCGAAUGCGGGGUUAAGUUUGAAACGCGCUCGAAGCUAAAGACCCACCAGAAGAACCAGCACGAUUUGGACAAAAAAUACAAAUGCUUGGUGUGUACCCAGACGUUCCAGAGCCACUACAAGAGAUCCCGACAUAUGGCCGCCGAACAUAAGAAUAAACAAGAAGUCAAGUGCCUGCACUGUCCGAAGACCUUCGUGUUCAGGAGUAUGAUGAUGACGCACCUGCGGGAUACGCAUCUGAAAGUGAGGAAUCAUGUUUGCGGCGUUUGUGGGUGGAAAGCUUUCAACAGUAACCGAUUAAAGAACCACAUGUACAAGCAUAGCGGGGAGAAGAACUUCAAGUGUGAGGCUUGUGACAAAGCAUUCACUACAAAGAAAAUCAUGAGAGCACACUAUGCGAGGAUGCACAAAGUGGUCCAACAGCCAGUGAUGCCGUAUGACAACCCUUACGCUGGCCAUCAGUGA